AUGUCUCCAACAACGACGAAGUUCAAGUACGCCUGGCUCUCCCAGAUCGACCCCGUCUGGCUCCCCAUCCAACAAGAAUGCGACGCCCGAUUCCGCAUCUUCUGGGACCUGCCUCCCUCUCAGUACCAGGAAGCAUGGCUGUCGAACCCCCUCGUCAUGCCGGAAGGCACGCCCAUGGAUUUGGAGGUGACUUUCAAGACGAUUCCCUUCAGGGACGGCCACGAGGCGGAGCUCAAGAUUUACAAGAACAAGGAGAUUCUAGAGAGGAUGGGCGAAAGGGGGAAGAGAGCGCCGAUGAUGUUGGUUGCGCAUGGUGGCGGAUGGAUGAUGGGCGACCAUGCUGUCGAGGAGGGCGUUUGUCGGUACACGGCGAAAGAAACCGGCGCGGUGGUGGUUAGUGUUGAGUAUAGACUAGCGCCCAAGUACCGCUUCCCGCAGCAGAUCAACGAUUACUACGAUGCAUUCAUAUGGUGCAAAACCAACGCCUCAACCCUAGGCAUCGACCCUUCCAUGAUCAUAACCUGCGGCUCCUCCGCGGGCGGCAACAUGGCCGCCGUCCUGCCCAUCAUGGCGCGGGAUAACCACGAAGACGGGAUUAUCGGCCAGCUCCUCAACAGUCCCGUCCUGUGUCACCCGAAAUACUUCCCCCGCGACAAGGGGUUCGAGUAUAACAGUUUCGAACAGAAUAAGUAUUCGUCGAUCUUGGGGGAGGAGAAUAUGUUGAGGUGUUGGGAUGAGUAUUAUCCCAAUACUGGAGCGGAUGUUUAUGCGAAUCCACUGUUGGUGGAGAAGGUUGAGGGCUUGCCUCCUGCGUUAAUCCAAAUAAGUGGUCUGGAUCCACUACGCGACGAAGAAUUCGCAUAUGCCGACAGGUUGAAAGAAGCAGGCAUUCCCGUCGACAUCGAGCUUUUCCCGGGCCUGCCUCAUGGAUUCUACACGUUUCCCCAGUUGGAAGCCACGACGAAGUACUUCAAACAGUCUGCGGCGUGGGUUAAGAAGCUUUUGGCGUCGAAGGGGUGGGAGGCUUGA